AUGUCCAUCUGCAAGAAAAAACCCACAACUCGUCUCAAAAAUGGCCAAGGAAGGCGUAGUCGUUCUUUCGGGGGCUGCGUUACGUGUCGAACCCGUCGCGUGAAAUGUGAUGAAAGCCGCCCAGGAUGUUCCAUGUGUAGGCUCCAAGGUACGGAAUGCGGCGGGUACAGCAAGGAUAUCUUUUUCGAUCUUGAUGAUCCUUCUAUGGGAGUUGCUCGUUUCCGACGACCUUUGCUUACGGACCGGGAGCGCAAGUGCAUGAGCGACAGCAUCUUGCAACAGGUCCCUCCAAACUUGGCCAACAGGCACCUUUCUCAAAUCGAAGAGGAAUGUGAAAGUUCAGUGUCGGAUAUUCAGAUAUCACGAGGCCCGUUUGGGGCAUUCCGAAUAACUCAACAGUUCUAUCAGCACCCUAAGUCCACCCUGCAGGUGUUGAAUGAGAAUGACACAGUCCAGUCAAAUAUCCACAGUUCUGGUGAUGAAGGACAAGACUGUCAAAUAACUGACCACCUUGACGCCAAUGAUGAGGUUGUGGAACUGUCAAUGGACUUUGGAGACGGCAUCGCCGAACAAAUUGCUCAGCCACACCAAGUUACACCAAGAAAGAACAAUGCGGUGGUGACACGCACUAAUUGGCUUGAUGUUAUUGAGGAUCUUCCCAUGAGCGGAUGUAUAGGCCAUGAGUACUUCGAUAUACCCGGCUGGUGGGAUUCCACGGGCUUCGACUCAGUUAUCCCCUGGUCUGAUACCACGGUAUCAAUACGAAGGUCAUUAUCGCCAAUCCUGCAACCGUCGGAUGUUCAGACAAGGUUCAUAUCCCACUCAAACCUUUCUAAUAUGGUAUCAACUCCUGCCAAAAGUGAUGUCCCUCAGGACGCUGUGUUAUUGAUGAAGCACUACGCGACUACAAUCCUUCGUGGCAUGACACCCUAUCGUCAUAGUAAGACACCAUGGCACAUCCUCUUCCUGCCAUUCUUGAAGGGUUGCUUGGCAGCUCUUACAUUGGGUGAAGAUAUGGACCAGGCAAGUCUGUGUGCGUUUUACGGAACGCUUUCCAUCAGUGCCUCUAGCAUGGGCGGAAUACACAGCUCCGUCAAGUUGCUGGAACAGGGCAACGCAUACAAACAAAAGGCCUGCCUUCAUUAUAGACUUAUGCUAAGCACGGCGUAUGAUGUGCCAAAGAAGGCUAGAUACAAGUCUAUACUCAUGGCCCUAUUGACUAUGGUUCAACUAUCCAUACUCACUGGCGAUAAAGAUGAAGCGGAGUAUUACUUUCUAGAAACCGAGAAGUUUAUCCGUCUGAGAGGGCUGAAUCGGAGAAAGUCUCGCAAGGUCCGUUUACUACAUCACUGCUACGCCUUUGAGAGGCUAUCUCAUGAGAGCACUUUCACCGAGAGCAGACUCAACGUGGACCAUCGAAACCGAGUCAGAGAGGCUAUAGAAGCAAGUGGGGCUGGUGCGCAUAGUCGUGAUAGCCUGUCAUUUGGCCUCACGUCAUGGAGAAACUUGGAUCAAGAGAUGCUCAAGGUCAAAGAUCAAGUCGACGGAGAGAAUGAUUUGCAUCUUCAGCAUCCUGGCAUCUGGUCCGCAACAUUGUAUCCUGAGAUAUUCGGCGUGCCAGAGCUCCAUCUUUUCAUGCUUUCUCUGGUCAUCCGACUGGCUCGAGAGAAGGAUCAGUGCGAUACAGUGGGUGCUGGGCUGAGCUUAAGAGAGUUUAUGCUUCGGGCGAAAGCUGUUGAACGCUGGAUAAAGCAACUUCCUGUUGUCCGACAGGCCAUCUGGAUGACCGAAGCUCCUGUUGAUGAAGAACAACAGCAGUCUGUUGACCUGUUGGCUAACCUAGCCGAAACUAUGCAGCAUGCACUUGCUGUAUAUUUCUACCGCAGAAUCUAUGACUUGGAUCCGGGGAUGCUGGAGAAGCAUGUCUUUGGUGUCCGAGACCGCCUGCUUGAAUUUGAUGCAUUAGACGCAGGCGUGGGGUACGGGUCUCUGAGAUUAAUAUGGCCAGCAUUUAUUGCGGCCUGCGAGACAGAUGACGCCAAUGUUCGUGCUUUCUUUGCAAGAUGGUUUGAAGAUUCCGCAAAGCGCAGCGGCUUGCGCAUCUUUACAGAAACCAAGGAUCGCAUUGGCCGUAUUUGGAAUGAAAGAGAUACUGCAGAACUUCCAAUCGUAAUCUAA